CUGUCUCUCACAGUUAGAGGCAAUUUGAGGAUUCUGAAAAUAAGUGCUUUUCGUAGGACUUUUGCUGCUCUGACUUUCCUUUAGUCUCAGCAUGGAGAGGACCGUCUUCUAAGGCUCCUUCAUGUGUGGACUUCUCACUUGGCUGUGAUUCUUGUUUGUAAAACUUCUGAGACAACAAGACUGUUUUGAAAGGAAUCUUCAAGGUGGCGAUAGAAACUAACCAGACAGAAGUAAGACUGUUCAAAGAAUAGACAUUUGGAGACAAUCAGAAGAACAACAUGGGAAAAUCUGAGAAAGAGGUUGCAACCCAUGGGGUCAGAUGCUUUUCCAAGAUCAAGGCAUUUCUGUUGGCAUUAACAUGUGCAUAUGUAUCCAAAUCACUAUCAGGAACUUACAUGAAUUCCAUGCUCACUCAAAUAGAGAGACAAUUCGGUAUCCCCACGUCUGUAGUUGGGCUUAUCAAUGGGAGCUUUGAGAUAGGAAAUCUUCUGUUGAUUAUAUUCGUGAGUUACUUCGGAACAAAACUGCACAGGCCUAUCAUGAUUGGUGUAGGAUGUGCAGUUAUGGGCCUGGGGUGUUUCUUAAUAUCGAUACCUCAUUUCCUCAUGGGCAGAUAUGAAUAUGAAACAACAAUUUUACCUACAAGCAACUUGUCCUCAAAUAGCUUUGUGUGUACGGAAAACAGAACACAGACCUUAAAGCCAACGCAAGACCCAACAGAGUGUGUGAAAGAAAUGAAAUCAUUAAUGUGGAUAUAUGUACUGGUAGGAAACAUUAUACGUGGAAUGGGUGAAACUCCCAUCAUGCCCUUGGGUAUUUCCUACAUAGAAGAUUUUGCAAAAUCUGAAAACUCUCCUUUAUAUAUUGGGAUUUUAGAAACAGGAAUGACCAUUGGCCCUUUGAUUGGACUUCUGUUGGGAUCUUCCUGUGCAAACAUUUAUGUAGACACUGGGUCUGUGAAUACAGCCACAUGUUUGAUUUCAAAGAAUUACCCAUAAAGGUUUUUCUCAAUGAGGCUGUCACAGUGGAUAAAGAAACAGAUCUUUCUGUUAUGUGAUGACCUGACCAUAACUCCCACUGAUACACGCUGGGUCGGUGCUUGGUGGAUUGGCUUUUUGGUCUGUGCAGGAGUGAAUAUCCUGACCAGCAUCCCCUUUUUCUUCUUUCCAAAAACACUCCUAAAGGAAGGAUUACAGGAUAAUGGAGAUGGAACUGAAAAUGCCAAAGAGGAGAAGCACAGAGAAAAAAUCAAGGAGGAAAACCGAGGAAUCACUAAAGAUUUCUUUCUGUUCAUGAAGAGCCUCUCCUGCAAUCCGAUUUACAUGAUUUUCAUCCUUAUAAGUGUGAUCCAGGUCAAUGCCUUUAUCAAUUCAUUUACCUUCAUGCCUAAGUAUCUGGAACAGCAAUAUGGAAAAUCCACUGCUGAGAUAGUCUUCCUCAUGGGUCUUUACAUGUUACCUCCAAUAUGCCUCGGAUAUUUAAUUGGUGGUUUGAUUAUGAAGAAGUUCAAGAUUACUGUCAAGAAAGCUGCAUACAUAGGAUUCUGGCUAUCCCUGACUGAGUACCUUCUGUCUUUUGUUAGCUAUAUAAUGACCUGUGACAAUUUCCCAGUUGCUGGAUUAACCACCUCUUAUGAAGGAGUUCAGCACCCUCUAUAUGUGGAGAAUAAUGUCCUUGCUGACUGCAACACAAAGUGUAGCUGCUUAACGAACACAUGGGACCCAGUGUGUGGAGACAAUGGUCUAUCAUACAUGUCAGCUUGCCUCGCGGGCUGUGAGAAGUCUGUUGGAACUGGAACCAACAUGGUGUUUCAAAAUUGUAGCUGCAUUCAGUCAUCAGGAAAUGCAUCUGCAGUCCUGGGCCUGUGUGACAAGGGUCCUGAGUGUGCUAACAAGCUGCAGUACUUUUUAAUCAUAUCAAUAAUUGGCUGUUUCAUCUUCUCGCUGGGAGCCAUACCUGGGUACAUGGUUCUUCUGAGGUGUAUGAAGUCUGAAGAGAAGUCACUUGGAGUUGGAUUACAUACAUUUUGCAUGAGAAUAUUAGGUGGUAUUCCAGCACCUAUUUACUUUGGUGCUUUGAUAGACAGAACCUGUUUACACUGGGGAACUCUAAAAUGUGGUGAGCCAGGGGCAUGCAGGAUGUAUGAUAUAAAUAGCUUCAGGCGCAUUUACCUGGGGUUGCCUGCUGCUCUAAGAGGAGCAAGCUUUCUCCCUGCACUCUUCAUCCUAAUCCUUAUGAGGAAAUUCCAAUUCCCUGGGGACAUCGACUCUUCAGACACAGAUCCUGCAGAAAUGAAGCUCACUGCGAAGGAAAGCAAGUGCACAAAUGUGCACAGAAGUCCUACGAUGCAGAAUGAUGGAGAACGGAAAACUAAGCUGUGAUGAGGUUUCUACUGGCCAGUGCAAGGCCAGAACCAGAACGCACAUGUCACUAGUUUUGAAUCAUGAGAAGUACAAUCGGAACUCUUAUCUUAUUCUUAAGGCCUUCAAAAUUACUUUACUCAUGAUAAAAAAUAUUUACUGAUAGCAUUUCCAGAAGGUUGGUGUAGCACUUAAGAUUUUCCCAGGGAAAACUUCUGUAGCAAACCCCCACCCUUAACAUUAAAGCUGCCUUCAUUUUCAAAAAGUAUGUUCUCUUUUAACUCAAGGGAAAUGGAUGUUUCCCACAUAUCUUCAAAUAAGCUUGAAACUUUUCUAUUGCAGAAAGACUAUUUAAAUGUUUUUCAUUUAUAUUUUGAUGCUGGAGGUAUUUAGAGCUCAAAAUAGGCAACUUUGUUAAGCCACACUGAAAUAAUUUGUUUUAUCCUCUGUGUGUGAAAGAUCUCUACAUCUGUUGUUAUGUACUUAGGAGUGCUAACUCUCUCUGCUUUACUCUAGUCAAGACUUCCAAGGUUAGACUCUCCACAGUGGCCAUCUCCUGUUUUCAGUCCCUUCUUUCAUUACUCCUGUCACACAGUUGGUCAUUUCUUUUGCAUCAUUGAAAACUUUAAUCAGGUUGUUAAAAAUCAUGUAGCAAAAAUGAUUGGAACUUUUUUCCCUAGCAAUUCACAGCUGGUCAUGAAACUCUUCCUUAAAAUCAAGAAUGGGAGAAAACUAGUCCUUUUAAAGGCUCCUUGUCGAGAUGGGCUGUAUCUCGGUGGAUAUGUGAUUGCCUAAUACAUGUGAGGCCCUGAGUUCAACCACAAGGUAGAGUAAACUGAUAAAGUAAUAAAAAUCACUUGUCUAGAUGUAGUAUCAGAUAUUCUGAGAAGACUAAUUCUCAUAUUCAUAGAACUUUGACGGCUCAGUGUUCAUUCUAUUAACGAGCCAUAGAGCACAUGACUAUUAACAUUAAUAAUAACCGUAGAGUAAAAGCUUUCAAGAGGGACCAGCUAGAAGGUUCAAUGGAAAGAACUGUUUGCCCCUCAGCCUGACAAGGUUGUUGUGAUCCCUGGGAUCAACAUGGCAGGAGAAAAGAACAAACUCUUGCAAGUUGCCCUAUGCCUUUUUAUUUUAAUUGUGCAUGCCCCACCAAAAAUCAAUUAAUAAAUGAAAAAAUUUGAAAGUUGUAAUACUGACUUUUGCUAUAAAACUGGAAUUCAUAAACUUGAAAGUACACAUUAGAAAACUAGUUGUGGUUGUUUGAAUGAGAAAUAUCCCUCUUACGCACAGACAUUUGGACAUGUGGUUUCUAGUAAUAACUCUGCUUAGGGAAGAUUGGACACGCAUCUUUAAUAUGUAGGAGGGUUCAAAGCUUCACCCUACUUCCAGUAUAGUUUCUGCUUUGUGUUUUGGGUAAUGAUGUGAAAUCUCAGCUUUCUGCUUCAGUCACAAUGCCUGGUGCUUUCUGUCAUACCUCCUUGCCAUGAGGGACUUCAGUCCCUCUGGAUUCAUAAGUCAAAAUAAAUGCCUAUUCAUAUGUGUUA